GAUGGGUUUUAUAACGCAUCGUGUAUGUACCUCUAGUUUCCACCCAGAAAAAAUUUUGCCCGAUAGUUUCGUCCUUCUCUCAUUUUGAAAAGAAGUAGGGAAAAAAGGGUGGAACAAAACCACACGUUCAUAUAUAUUAGUCACCGAGUGACUCUGUGUCCCAGUGUUGGUCGGUUUCUCAGUGCUGACAGUGGUGUUUAUUUCCCUCAGAAAUAAUGAAAUAAGUGAAGUGAUACGGCAAUACAGGCCAAACACGCGGUUACGAUUCACACGAGGAUAGAACGAAUAAUAAUUACUUCAUCAAUCAUGAGAAUAAAAUUGAUACGUGCCCUGGUGAUAUUUUAUUAAUUAUAUUUGUGCUCGCGAGGGUGACAUGACUGUCGUCUGCAGUCGAGUGAAGUUUUUCGUUUCAUAGGAAAAACAAAAAAAUCGGAGGAUUUAAUCGAAAAAAUUAACUGACGGCAUUUUAUUGGAUUAAUCAGAAAGAUUGAGAAAUGGGGCGUUACACAGGAAAAAAAUGUCGCUUAUUGACAAUGCUGUGGUUAACAGCAUUUUUCUUCUUGGUAGAAGUUAUCGUUGGUUACCUAACAAAUUCAAUGGCACUUGUUGCUGAUAGUUUUCACAUGCUGUCGGAUGUAGCAGCUCUGGUAGUUGCAUUUCUCUCCGUGAAGAUGUCGCCGAAGAAAUGGUCGAAGAAUACUUUCGGCUGGGCUAGAGCUGAAGUCCUGGGGGCACUGGUAAAUGCAGUAUUUCUGGUUGCUUUAUGCUUCAGUAUAACCGUGGAAGCUUGUAAAAGAUUCAUCGAACCAGAGGACAUACACAGGCCUGAGUUGCUGAUUGGUGUCGGCACUCUUGGGCUUUUUGUCAAUCUCAUUGGGCUGUGUCUGUUUCAUGAACAUGGAAGUUCUCAUGGCCAUACGCAUAGCACCUCACGUAGCCACAACAGGCUCAGCACGUUGGUAUGUGAUGAUAAUGAAAAUGACGAGGCAUAUCGACCAUCAUCACCACCGCCACCACCACCUCCACCGAUCAAAAAAUCCCAUGGACACAGCCAUGAUCCGAGUCAGAUGAACAUGCGGGGUGUAUUUUUACAUGUACUCUCCGAUGCUCUUGGCUCCGUUAUUGUUAUUAUUUCAGCUGCGAUCGUGCAAUUUACUACAUGGGAAGGAAGCCGACAUAUCGAUCCAGCAUUAUCCCUGAUUCUCGUGCUUCUUAUUCUACGCUCUGUCUGGCCACUGCUGCAGGAAUCGGCUUUGAUCUUACUCCAGACAGUGCCAACUCAUAUUCAAGUAGAUGCAAUUCAGCAACGUCUGCUAGAAAGUAUCGAUGGGGUCCUCGCAGUUCAUGAAUUUCACGUAUGGCAACUUGCUGGCGAUCGUAUCAUCGCUUCAGCUCACAUCCGCUGUCGUAAUCUCUCCGAAUAUAUGAAAAUUGCCGAACAAGUGAAAGAGUUCUUUCAUAACGAGGGUAUCCACUCCACCACUAUUCAGCCUGAAUUUAUUGAGUACAACACAAAUAGUGAAAUCAAGGAGACGCCAACUGAGGACUGUGUACUUGAUUGCCCUAAAACGGAUAAACCGUGUAAUCAUGCAACUUGUUGUGGGCCUUCUAAACAGGGACGUGAAACUCCAUCGCCCGGUGAGACUCCCUACAUGUGCCGACAGCGUAACAGCCUGGCACGUUCAACAAUAUCAAUCGGUGCUGACCAGCAUGAAGUUAAUGAAAUGGAACGUGGCCACUUACUAUCACCGCCUCCGUCCCACCACUCCGUCCAACUGACCCAUCAGAACAGCCCGAAGAUCUAAAAUUCGCUCAUCAAUCUAAAAUUAAAUACACAAAACAAAUGAAACAAAUCACAAAAAUCGAGUGACAGAAAAUCUAAAUAAAUUAAGAACUGAAUGGAUGCCGAGUGAUUCCGUGUGUGAGGACGUUUUGAAUGGGGGAGAAUAAAAAUAAAAAAGAAUGCCUACUUCCGUUCCAGGCGAGUGCAAAAGACAAGUCAAAUUAGUGAAAAUUGUACAAAAUGCAAUAAAUUUAUAUUUCUUUUUUGCACUCACCUCCAUUGCUCCGAGGGAGUCAUUAUUUUUGCUUUCGACUCAUUGUGAUUAGGAAAAAUGUAGACUAGAUUUUAUUACAUUUUUCUCACUCAUUGCUGCAGUGAAAUGAUAAAAACGAGAUUGGCCCAAAAACCGUCUUUACUAUUUCGUGAAUAUCUCCGAAACUAUUAGAUUUGUAAAAAAAUAUCAGAGGACCGUUCUCGUAGUUCUUAAAAUUCCCCGCAAUACACAUUUUGUGACAUUUUUCGAUAAACCCCUUAGUUUCGAACAUAUUCGAGAAAUAGUGAACGCGUGCAUUUUGAACUCGUCUCUUUUUACCAAUUCAUGACUGAUUUGUAUUCUCACGCUGCUGGGUGAUGUAUUUAGUUAUACUAUUGUACAGAAAAAUGUUUAUUUCUAGAUUAUCAAAUGGUCUUCGUGUACGAGAGUACACACUCGUAGUUUAAUUAACACUUUGACAGGGGUUUUUCAUAACAUAAAAGAAACUUGUCUGUACGUUGACUGCCAAAGGCGUUUAAGUACCAAAUUUUAUGAGAACGGAUAUUGAAUUUUUUUACCAUUAACAUUUUGUGGAUUAAAGCUAUUGCUCUACGGAGUUUAUCGUCACAUAUUAGUGAUAUGAUAUUACGUUUCGAUUUAUUUUUCUUCUUAUUGUAUUUCUAUUUUUACAAAUUCAUUAUAAUCUGUAAUUUCUCGAACAAAUUAAUGAUUUUUCAUUAUGAAAAAUAAUGAGCGAUUGAGGUAGGAAAUUUCUUGGAGUAUCGUAAUUAUUCUAAAUACAGAAUUAAUGGUUUAAUGCUUUAUAGAGAAAAUUUAUAUUAUUUCAUAAUAAGAUGUUUGAUUGCUUCGAUUUUUAUAAAUUUCAGUAUUUUCAUUUACCGAUGUAAUUUGCAUUCGCAGCUAACGAGUUUAUUUCGUACACAAGUGGAAUUGAAUAUUUGUUGGAGUUAAUGAAUAAAAUCAAUCCACUCGAAAGAAUUUAUUAGUUUAUCAGAGACAGAGAGAGAAGGUCUUGAUUUUUUAACAAAUUAAUUUUAUAGUUUUCAGUGACUCUUUUUCAUAUGACAGGCAUUAACCAGAUAAUUAAUGAUCAAAUAUAGCUUAAUUCACUUUAAAUCAUCCACGAUUUUUAUAGAAAUGCAACAUAAAACGUGAGGAGAUCUAUGAUGGGGGGAGGGUAAAACGAUCUGACUUAUUAUUAUCCAUGUCUAAUUUUUAAUCGUUUAAUUAUCUCGGUAGUGGCUGUUUUUACGAUUAAAUGUAAAAAAAACCUGAAAGACAAUUUCCUAUCGAAUACGUCUCCUGCCAUUUUCUCCCAAAGUAGCUAAUUUCCGAGAUAAUUAAGUAAUUGACUAAAUUUUUGUGUUUGACUUGACUCGUUUUACCACUUAAUCACUGAGAUAGUCUCCCUAAGCAAGAUAUAUUUUGUAAAAUUUUUUAAGUAGCUAAAACUGAAGUGAGCAUACACUUAAAAAAGUACGAAAAAUCUUCAGAGCAAUGAUGCAAAGACUAAAACGUAGCAAAAUGGUGAAAGGGAAUGAUUUUCAAAAAAUCGUACAGAUUAUUCCUCGAAUAUCUUUGAAACUAGUGGAUUUAUCGAAAAAUGUUAAUGGAACUUUUUUGCAUCGAAUGUAAAAUUUUUUCCUCCGCAAAAAAGGUCUCUUGACAUUUUUUCUAAUCCCCUUUUCUCCGAAGAUAUUUGGGAAAUAAUCUGUCAUAUUUUUCGAAUGAUUCCCCAUUUUUCACCACUUGACUACUGAACUAUAACUCUACCUCCUUGAUUAGAGAACAAAAUAAAAUACUGUAUGAUAAUUCAAUUAGCAAUACUGCCAAAUUAUAAAAUUGAUCAUGAGAAAAUUGAAGAAAUAUUUCGCACAGUCUCAAACAUUUUUCCGGCAACAUUUGCUUACGCCAAGUAUUAAAAAAGAAAGAUUUAAUUGAAAGAAUGAGAAGAAGAUUUAUUAAUUAUUGAUGAGAAAUUGUAACGUGAUGUUAACAAUGAGGACAAAAGAAUUCAUCGUUCCCUAGAGUAAACUAUAUUUGUAUAUGCUGAAAAGAAAAAAUCUUGUAUCAAUGCAGGAGUGAUAUAUGUCGUUGAAAGAGACUAGAAGGAAAAUCAAGAAAACUUGUCGUUAGGGUUAAAUAAAAAAUAUUCUCAUUUCUUUAUUCACAAGGAAAUGGGAGAGAUGAAUCAUUAGGAUAAAUUUUACUGUAAAUAGCAAUGAAAGAAAAUGAGAGAAAAAGAUGAAGAGUAUUUAUAAGCCAAUGUUAUGAGUAACUUGGAGAAAAUAUAAAUUUUAUUCGUCAGUCCUUAA